AUGCCCGACCUUCGUCGCCAAAUCUUCGAGAGCGGCAAGACCGUCUCGCGGAAGGCUGCUUCUCGUGAGGCCUCCCGCACCAAUUCCCGCGCAAGCUCCAAGCAGACCUCCCGCCAGUCCUCACGUAAUGCGAGUCGUCAAGCGUCCGAUGAAGAGGACUCGGGAUUCCUCUCCGAUGAUACUGCUCUGAGCAUCGGCUCUCUCGACGACGAGAAUCCCGAGACUGAAAAUGUCGACUGGCCGCAGGAGCUGGCCGAUCGCAUGGCCGAGAUCCUCGAUCGCAAGCGUAGCAGCGUGCAGGGCCGCGAGGAGGCACUGUCGGCAUUCUGCCGCCUAACCAAGUACCACUAUGCAGAGGAGGAGACUCGCCCGUAUAUCACCGAUCUGCUGAGUGCUUUCGCGAAGAGUAUUCGCAGCGAGUCCAGUACCCGCGAGACGACCCUGGCUCUUCGUGCCAUUGAGCUGCUUGUGAUUACCUCGUGUGACGAUAAGGUCUAUGAGAAUACCGAGUCACUGCUCACCCGCUGCAUCCGUGACUCGACCUCCAAUGCGGUCAAGGCGGCAGCAAUCUAUUGUCUCGGCGCUUGUACGAAUUUCGGCGGUGCGGGCGAGGAAGGGAUCCUCGAGCAGAUGACAUUCCUCCUGGAUAUCAUUGCUUCGGACGGGCAGUCCAUUGAAGCUGCUGAUGACCCCACCAGUGUCACCGCCGCCCUGCAUGUAUGGGGCUUCCUCCUGUCUGAGGUAGACGACUUUGAAAGUGAGAGCGAAGAGGCAGUGCAAAUCUUCAUGGACCAGCUCGACAGUGGCGACUCUGGUGUUCAGAUCGCUGCGGGUGAGAACAUCGCCCUUCUCUACGAGAAGAGCUACACCCCUCAAGAGGAUGACGAUGACGAGGAUAGCGAGGAAGAAGACGAGACCGACGAGCAUGCCAUUAACGAUCUCGCCGGCGGACCCAAGUUAAUCAAACGCUACAACGCAUACCACAAUACCCCCGAGUUGGAGCGUCAGCUCUCCAACCUAGCAACCAUCCACUCAAAGCGCAUCAGCAAGCGCGAGAAGAAGUCCCUGCACGGCAACUUCGCCUCAAUCCUAACCACGGUCGAGAACCCCCGUCGCGGUCCGCGAUACAACAUGGCCAUCGACCAAGACACCAAUCGACACUACGGCAGUACCCUGACAGUCAAGAUCGGCCGCCACGGUAUCAUGAGUAUUGACCGGUGGUGGAAGUGGGUGCGACUGCAGUCGCUGCGAAGGAUCUUGCAGGGUGGUUUCGCCGAGCAUUAUUAUCAGGGCAAUAGGGCUGUUCUGGAUAAUUUGCCGGUGAUGAUGCGUAUGGCUGAGGCUAGCGGGUCUGGUGAUCGUCAGUCGGCGAGGAAGGCGGCAAGGGUGCGCAAUUCGAAGCGUUGGGCUGCGCAUUCUGAUGGAGAUGAGGAGAUGGAGGAGUAG